AUUUUAUAUCUUCGCUCCUCCUCCUGCCGACAUUCAUUUGCUUGGAUCGCUCGCCACUGAAUCGAGCCCCUCAGACGUCAGGCGGCAGCCCAUGUCCCCGCAGCACCGCCUGAGCGAUGACGAGAGGGGGCGUGGCCUGCCGUGCGCGAUCUCAGAGACAGGCACCGUUGCUGCUGUCGCACCUGCCCUUUCUGGUCCUCGCCUGAGCUCAAGGGAUGGCGGCUGCGGCGGCUGCUUCUACGAUGGGUGAACUUCGUGGCCGUUCCAGUUGCAUCCUGAGCGGGGUGGGGGCGCCGAGCAGCCCGAUGCCCAUGAACCUGUUUGCGGCCUGGGAGAUCGACGGCUCGAGUCCCAGUUGCAUCCCGCGGUUGUGCAGCUUGACGUUGAAGAAACUGGUAGUGUUGAAAGAAUUGGAUAAGGAUCUCAUUUCUGUGGUAAUUGCAGUCAAAAUGCAGGGUUCAAAGCGAAUACUGCGGUCUCAUGAAAUCAUGCUGAAUCUUAGUGGGCAUGUAGAAACAGAACUUGCACUGACCUUUUCCCUACAGUAUCCUCAUUUUUUGAAAAGAGAAGGCAACCAACUUCAGAUCAUGCUACAGAGAAGGAAGCGCUAUAAGAACAGAACAAUUCUGGGCUACAAGACAUUGGCUGUUGGGUCUAUCAACAUGGCUGAGGUAAUGCAGCACCCAACAGAAGGAGGCCUGAUGUUGAAGCUUUUUAGCAGCAUUAAAGAAGAUACAACUAAAGUAGCAGAAAUCUGGAUCUUCUCAUUGUCGAGUCAACCAAUAGACCAAGAAGAUUGUGCAAUACAAGCAAACCAGAAAAUUAAGUCAACAGACAAUUAUUCUGAAGAGGAAUAUGAAAGUUUCUCUUCAGAACAAGAAGCAAGUGAUGAUGCUGUUCAAGGACAGGAUUUGGAUGAUGAUGAAUAUGACUUGGGGAAGCCAAAGAAUCAACAUAGAUCGAUAGUAAGAACAACAUCCAUAACCAGGCAGCAAAACUUCAAGCAAAAAGUGGUGGCACUGUUGAGAAGGUUUAAGGUAUCUGAUGAGGUUUUGGAUUCUGAGCAGGAUCCAGCUGAGCAUGUCCCAGAGGUAGAAGAAGAUCUAGACCUUCUUUAUGACACCCUUGAUAUGGACAACCCUAGUGACAGUGGCCCUGACAUGGAAGAUGAUGACAGUGUCCUCAGCACUCCUAAACCAAAACUAAAACCAUACUUUGAAGGCUUAUCACACUCAAGUUCCCAGACGGAAAUUGGGAGCCUCUACAGCAUCAGAAGUCAGAGAGAGCCACCCAGUCCUAUAGAAGUUCCUGAAAACAUCAAGAUCUUUGAAAGUAAACAACCAGCAGACCGUCUCUCAGACACUGUAUCACAUGAGAAUCAACAGCAAGAAGACACACCAGAAACAGAACAGCUCUCCAUUUUAGAUAUCUUCAUUGAAAAUCUUCCACCAAGUGGCAGGAUUACAAAGACAGAAUCUCUCAUAAUUCCUACCAUCAGCAGAUCAGAGGGGAAGCAGAUGGGUCGUAGAGGCAGAAGUACAUCACUUAAAGAAAGGCAGCCAGUAAAGCAGCAGAAUGAAAGAGCCAACAGCCUGGACAAUGAGCGGUCUCCAGACACUAGACAUCACUUGCAGAUCCCUAGAAAAACUGUGUACGACCAGUUGAAUCACAUCCUGAUCUCAGAUGACCAGCUACCAGAAAAUAUCAUUCUAGUCAAUACUUCUGAUUGGCAAGGGCAGUUUCUUUCAGAUCUCUUGCAAAAACAUGCCCUUCCAGUAGUCUGCACGUGCUCUUCUGCUGACAUUCAGGCAGCUUUUAGCACUAUUGUCUCCAGAAUACAGAGAUACUGUAACUGCAAUUCUCAGCCUCCCAAACCAAUUAAAAUUGCAGUUGCUGGAGCCCAGAAUUACCUCAAUGCUGUGCUGAGGCUCUUUGUAGAACAGCUGUCUCACAAAACCCCAGACUGGCUCAGCUACAUGAGAUUUCUCAUCAUACCAUUAGGUUCUCACCCAGUAGCAAAGUAUCUGGGUUCUGUUGAUUAUCGGUACAACAAUUUUUUCCAAGAUUUAUCCUGGAGAGACUUGUUUAACAAACUUGAAGCCCAAACGGCUGUCCAGGAAUCACCAGACAUUGUCUCCAGAAUAACGCAGUACAUAAUGGGAGCAAAUUGUGCACACCAGUUACCCAUUGCAGAAGCAAUGUUGACAUACAAACAGAAAAGGAAAAAGAGCUUUCAUUUUGAUUUUAGUAUCAGCCCAGAUGAAGAAUCUUCUCAGAAGUUCAUCCCUUUUGUAGGGGUGGUAAAGGUUGGAAUAGUUGAACAGUCCUCUGCAACCUCAGGUGACUCGGAUGAUGCAACUCCCUGUAGUUCAAAUACCCUUUCUUCUACCCCACCUUCUGUGUCUCCUGCUGUGAAGGAAUCUUCCCCCACUCCACCUUCCUCACCAUCUGUCACAGGCAGCUUUGCUUCUUCCAGCCACAGUCUUGGUAUGGAACUGAUGGGACUGCAGGUAGAUUACUGGAUCACAGCUCAUCCUCUGGAGAAGAAGAGAGACCCAGAGAAAAGGGAACUUGCCACUGCUAAAAACACACUGAAAUGCACUUUCCGGUCUCUCCAGGUCAGCCGGCUGCCUGCUAGUGGGGAAGCCACAACCAUUCCAACUAUGUCAAUGACAGUUGUGACAAAGGAGAAGAACAAAAAAGUGAUGUUUCUGCCUAAGAAAACAAAAGACAAGGAGUUUGAUUCUAAGAGUCAGUGUAUUGAUGGCAUCAGCCGACUCAUUUGCACAGCAAAGCAUCAUCAGAAUAUGUUGCGGGAACCUGCAGCCCUGGACACUGUCAAUGCCUUGCAGAGUUUCCUGAUGCAAAUGUUUCACAACAGUCCUCUUGUACUGGGACAACAAAUGGCUGUAGCUACUCCUCAGGUUCCCAGCAUCACCCAGCUGAUUAAAACUGCAAAUACAGAUUUCCCAUCACCUUCCCUUAUUGUGGAUGAGCAGUCAUUUCAUCCAGUGCUGGUUGAUGGAGUAGAAUGGAAUGACGUGAAGUUCUUCCAGCUAGCAGCACAAUGGUCCUCCCAUGUCAAGCACUUUCCCAUCUGCAUAUUUGGACAUUCCAAAUCCUAAUAUAGCUGCAUUCUUAGGAUAAUUCUGCCAGCCACAAAACCUGAGUGCCAGCUGUUUGUGCUCUUCUGCAAUUACUUACUUUUGUGCUUGGAUAACUGCUCAGUUACAUUUCUGUUUGUUCUUCAGUUGGCUGCAAGGGAAGGAUAGUACUUAAAGCAGCAGCAAUUUAAACUUAAGUUUAUAUAUGCCUCUAGGAAUGUUAAGAACCCAAGAGUAACUGCACUGCUCCUUAACUUAGAACCCAAUGGGAUGGGGAAUUGAGUGGAAUAUUCAUUUGAUAUCAGAUUAAUUUAAUUGGGAGCUUUUUCUAAAAUGGGUUUUAGCCCCCAGAAUUACAUAACAGCAACAUCAUUAAAACUAUUAUCUUCUUGUCCCAGAAUGAGCAAACUCCAACAACUGCAUACAAAUUGCAGCUCAAAUGUGUGCCCAGAAUCAAAUGGGAGACCCUUCAUUGUAAGAGACAGACCUACUGUGACUGUGCACUCUGGCUCUUUUAUUAUGUUUGACUUGGGGGAAGGCAGUGUUUUAAAUGUAAACUAAAAAUGUUAUCUAGAAAUGAAGCACUGGAUCCUGCAUGCAUCAGUGUCAUCCAAAAUCAAUCCAUUUGUGAUACCCUUUUCUGCCAGGAAGCUGGCAAUGCAAUUACCAGUGUGGAGGAUACUAGUUCGGAGCAGGUGAGAAUGUAUGCUAUUGCUUAGGAUACUAACCUUUCAAUACAGUUGUCCACUAAAUGUGAGAUACCAUUUAAUAUUUUAUAAAUAUUAACACACAUAUCCCCCCCCCCCCCACCAAAAAUAACAACAACAAAAACCCAGGGAAGAAGAGGUGAUGUUUGUUUCUUUCAGUGUCACAUCCAUAUCUGUACAUGUGGCCACAUGUACCCCAGAUAGGUACCACAACACCCCAUAUUCUCUCCUUAUCCUGUUGAAGCAGUUUGAUCUUCCACUCUUUCUAGAACUGCCUACAGGGUUCUUGUUUGUGGAAAUUGGAUGUAGAGCUCUUUGGAAAAUAUGCCCUAGUAUCCUUCCACUGUUUACUGCUUCAUAGUGGUGCUCAAGCUGUGAGUUCCCUAAUGAAUAUGAACUGCAUUAUUUUUUCCAUACAAUAUUGCCUGGGGUUGUGGGGGAAGGAUUCUGCCUUCCAGGGGCCCAUUUAAAAGGACAUCUUGACAGGAAAGCCAAUAGACUGGGCCGCAAACAAAGGAACAUUGUAGUGGUAAGGAAUAUUUGUACUAGAGACAGUACUCAGAUUAUUGAGAAGUUUCCUGUAAGUCUUUUUGAUAGAAGCUCUCCAGUUUUAAUUACAAUCUCAUUAUUUUAUCAUAGUUCUAUUCAAACUUGGAUUUGACAGCUGCUUGAUAUGGGCCUCUGUGUAUGUGUUAAUCUCUCCGCAAAGAAGCCAAUAAGCAAAAGUAGUAUUAGUUGGAGGACAGCAAUAAUAGAUAAUUAGGUGGAUGAGUUGGUAUAUGGGCAAACUGAAAACUUUCAGAAAGAUUGCGGGUUUGGUUGGUUCUUUCCUCCCUUACACUAAAACAAGAGCAGGUGCCCCAGGCUUGGCCAUACUGGCUUGUUUGAUAUGUGUGUCCAUUAGCAUCUCUCUCUAUAAAACAAACAAAAAAACCAACCCUGCUGUGCUUGAUUGCUUCCAUUUGUGCUAUAAUUCUGGGAAGAGUGCUUUUGAUUAAGUGUUUUCAGAGAGCAAUAUAGCAUUUCUCUCUCACAAUACAGUCCACUCCAAGGAAAUGUGCCUUGCCGUCCUAGGAUAGCUGUCAAUUAUCAGGCACAUAAGCGCAAAACUUUUUGAUUAUGCUGAAUUGGACAGAAAAAGCCUACAAGGAAGGUGUUUGGCUUUCCCUUUCAGUUCAUUUUAAUUUUAGUCCAAGCAGAAUGACCAAAGCACAUUUGCUCUUCAAUGUCAACUUUGCAAUGCUCUGUACUGGACUUGCUAGCGGUCCUUGCUGCUGUUUGCAAUAAUAUUGUCAGUGGCUGUAAUGAAAUAUUCUGUCCACUGUAUAGAGACAAGUUCUAGAAUAUCUAGGUUUUCCAUAUGCCUUGUACAAUUGUUUUGCUCUCAACCUUAUGUGUUGUGAAUUUUGAGUAAUUAAACUUUUCAACCUAUGAUUCACCACAACAUAUUUUGUAUUUCCGGGCCCAAGGCCCAGGAUUUAUUGUUUACUGAACAUUUGGAGCAAAUUUAAUAGUCCUUAAUCUGAAAUAGUUGUUGGAGAGAAUGGGGCCCUUCAGUUCCCAUCCACAAAGGGGUAAAUGUGGAUUUAGCUUGUCCAGCUCCAGGGGGAACAUAUGCAGAAGGCUUUGCUCAAACACUUGGGAUGCCACUAGUAGGAAAAUGGAGACUCAGGUGUGGCUGCUCUUCCCUCCUGUUUUACCAAAUUUACAGGAAAGUACAUCUGAUGCCACCAAGGCUAGACUUAAAUUAGUUUGUAUGUAUUCAUACGAUUCAUAUGGUAAGAAAGAGGGAGUGUGAAUUUGAGCAGUUAACUUGUGCUGAAGUAUUAGGUAAUGCUUUCUUGUCUCAGGACAGACCAAAGAAGAUUGAGUGCCAUGGUUGGUAGCAAGACUUCAGCUAAGAAGACCUUUUACAGUAGUUGCCUGUAGACUUGCAUCUUGUUUGGAGGCACCCAGAAAACCAUUACCCCUUAGUAAUUAGAACAUCUGCAGGUAGAAUUUUUGCCAUAAAGGAGCUUAGAGCAGUUGGUUGUGGCUGCUUUUACAAAGGAUAAAACCGUUUAUUUUUAACAGCAGCUGCUAGUGGAGUUUCUCAGGGCUCUUCUCCUGCAACGCCAGCUCUUCCUACUGAAUACAAAAUAACAGUGACUCAGUGAACCGUGACAUUCUAACAAAGUGCUUGUGGAAAGCUGUUGUGCUAGCUACUUGUGCUAAGUCUGAGGCUUACAUUUCAGACUUUGUGGGUGCUCCCCUAAAACAAGAUAAUAGAAAAUUUGCCUUGCUUGGCUGCUCCAUGAUUCUCUAGUUAUCCCUUUUCUCCCAACAGUAGCUGUUUAGAGAAAAGCAGUGGCUGACAAAUUGUAUGAGCAACGAUAGAGAUCAAAUCUCAGUAGAGUAGCAAAUAGAUAUUCUGAAAGGAAUAUAAAAAUUGUAGGUAGCCAUGUUGGCCUAGUAGGAAAAAAAUAUCAAAAGUACAGCAAUACCUUUAUUAGGACCUCCUAAAAGAUGACAACGCUUUGGAGGUCUUCAGAAGUCUUAGUAAUAAAGUUUGUCCUAAUAAAGAUUUUACUUUGCUUUGGGUUCUGAAAAGGAUAAAUGGCUUAGUCAGAUGUUUUGCUUAUUGGAGAGCAGAAGGCACCCCAGACCUGAAAGCUUAGCCCAGUGCCUCCUUCAGUAAGCAGCUUGUGAGAUUUGGUGUAGAGUGAGCUUGCAAGGCAAUACCGCCAUUGCUCAGACAUUAUCAAAUGAAGGGAAGCUGCCCCUUUAUAUCUAUUUCUAAUUGGUCCAUCUGUUUCAUUGUUAUACUGGUUUUUUAUUAUUUAAGACAGUAAAUGUACAUAGUCUUUUUUGGAAUAAACUGCAAUGUACUUUAUGAGAUAUUUUAUUGUACUAAUGCAUCACUAAUAAAACUGGAUGGGAAAGCACA